GCGCGAAAUUUCAGAGAGUGAUGUGAACAGAUCCCCAUACUAAAAUGGUUUGUUAGUCGUUGUAGUUCUCAGCGCCAGUGUUUUAACGGGUGUUUUAAUUAUAACUACAUAUUUUUCUACAGGACAUUCGAUCGUUCUUCAGCCCUUCUGGAAAGACAGCGAAGCAGGGCGCUUCGAAAGUAGAAAAAAUAAGUGCGGGAAAGAUUCUAUGGUGAAGUCUUUAUCGAAACAAGAUGUAGGAAAGAGCCGAACGAAAAGCAAGGUAAGCAAUGGAUUAUGUAGCAUUUGAGAGAGAAAGUUAUAUGUGUUAUCAGGGAAUUCGACUUCAGAGGUGACGGAGAAAAGAUCUGCCCAUAUCACAACUCCUUGGCCUGUCUGACUGAAUCGAUCAUCAUAUGUGUCUAUAUACUCGGGUGCAAUUCACAUUUCCGUCAAUCUUCUCCGGGGGAGGGGGGGGAACACCUCAUUUCGCCAAAAUUGGUAUUUAUUACCAUACAUGCUAAAAUUUCCUUUGUCGUGAAUCUUUUAUUUAGCGCUUGGUAGGUAAUUUGACAACAUGUUUUAACCAAGAGUUUCAUUCCACUACAUAUAUCUAACCCAAGGUAUCUUUCUGGACUGGAAUGUGAGAAAUGGUGUGGUUCUGUGUGUUAACUAACUUUGUAGGAAUAAUUUUCAAUAGUCUGUUGGAGUAUAUCUGGGUAGCUGAGUGAGGUUGAUUAGUUAUGAUGUUUUGCCUUGUUUUUUUUAAAAUCUUAAACAGGGUUGUAAAAUGAAGCAAUUGUGUCUUCAUUCUUUAACUCCCAAGAUCUGUUUGCUAAUUCUCUCCUCUGGCUGCUACACAUUUCCUUGUACAUUUGUUAUAGGAAUUUGUUGUUAGGUCAAAAUAAUAACUUUUUCACUACUCUUUAGUUGGAUAUUGUAUGGAUGUUUUAGGGAGAAGUUACAUGUUAAUCACAUCUGAGAGUUUAAGGGUUAAACUGUGUAAUGUGAUACACUGCUACCUAAAUUUCACUCAAGUUCGAAAUAUCCAGGACUUUAACUUUCCCUACAAAUUUGAUCAAACUGCAGCUUACCAAGUCUGUAGAGCAGUUGCAGUAUUCAAUACUAAUGCUUAUUUUGUGAUUUUGACAAGUACUGGUUAAUUUUCAUUUAUUCAGACUGAAGGGAAAAUGAAAGGCGACUGAUAAAAAAACCUUGAGACUCCACCUCAACUCCACCUCUGGCUAACCCAGACUAUUUUUUCCCCAAGCCUGGUGUCCUCUCCAGAAUAAAUAAAACUAUUAUUAUUAUUAUCAUUAUUAUUAUUAUUAUUAUUAUUAUUAUUAUUGUUAUUAUCUUGAUUUUCUGAGCUAGAGGGAAAUGUCUUGUAAGAAAGUUGUGCUCCAAGGAACAACACCCCUUUGAUGUUAUUCAAUUCUGUUUGGUCUUUGUUGUUAUUAUUAGGUCCAGAGAAUGGUAUCAAUCUCACAUUUGUGUGAAUAAAAAAUAGGUAGUUGUUAAUUUGCUUGGCAGGGCUUAUGGAGUAGUGAAGAUGAUGACAUUGCCUGGAAACAAAAACCAAAAGAAAAUCAGAAGAAGAAGAAGAAAGGAAAAAACAUUAUUGACUCAGGUAAUGUUCUAGGAUGAACAUGAACAGUUUCAAAAGGAACAGAUGUUGAGACUCUACACAAACUGUUAUACCUCUGUAUUAGUUUUAAUGGUUUCAAUGUACAUGUAAGCUAGGUAGUUGUGCUGUACAGUGUCCUUGUCAAUUCCCAAUGCAGUUUGUAUUAUUAUGGAAACAUGGUGUAAAAAGAUUCACAUAAUUGUACGUAUAACAUCACAAUGAUGUCCUGACCCUAUUUCUAAAUUAAUCUUACAUCUCUGUUAGACUCUGAUGAAGAUCCUCUUCCUCCAAAAAUCAGGUAUGUGAUUUGUUUCUUGAAUUUUGUUCCCUUUCAUACAGUUGUAGUUAAUCCUUUAACUCCCAGAAGUGAUUAACAUGAAACCUCUCCCUAUGAUAUCUACACAUUAUUCAGCAAACAGGUAAUGAGAAUAUUUAAACUUAUCAAGUAGAAGCUGCUAUCUUGAUCUAGCACCAAGCUCUCAUGACUAAUUUCGAAGGAGAUGUGUAGCAGCUAGAGGGGAGAAAUAACAAUCAGAUCUUAGGAGUUAAAGGGUUAAACUUUUGUACCCUAAUAUCACCCCUUAAUUAAGAGUCAAGGAAAUGGUCACCAACUAUAGAAGCUCUUGAUUAUUAAACAAAUUCUCCUUGUAAUUGGCUUAAAAAAUGCAUAGAGAACAGUAUGGAGAAUAUGCAUACUGAUGUCAAGUUGUAUUCAGAACCUGGUUCUCUUUCAUUCAUGUCUCUUUUAGAAAAGCCACAUCAGUAAAGAAGGAGGAGAGUUCAAAAGCUAAGAAAAGUAGAAGAGCAAUCAGCUUGGACUCAGGUAAACAAAAUUGUCUCAUUAUUGAAGGUACCCUAUACUUUUUAUGAGAAGGGUGAUUGGGAGGUUUUAUUUUCACAGGAAUCAUGAUUUCAAAAUGUUUUUUUCAUGAAUUUUGAUUAAAGAUGACAUAAUCCUUCCAUUCCCAUCUGAACAAUUUUUUCUUUAUGUAAACGCAACCCAUGAAUGAAGAAUUAAAUUAAUAAAAUGUGAGUGACAAACCAUUUUGUUUCCCUGAUGAAUUUCAGGUUAUUUGAAAGAGCCAAACUUGUAGGAUUAACAGCUUUAUAAACAGCUGAGAAAGAGUAAAAAUUUGAAUUUGUGAAUUUGGCUUAAUUCUCUUUUUUUGAAUUUCAUGUGAAUGUGAAAGAAUUUUAGGUAUUUUUCAUCAUGAUGCAUGAAAAGGCAAUAUAGUUUUACAUGACUGAGUUCUACAAAAGGGUUUAGGGGACUCUCCUCAUUGAUGGAGUGAGAGGGCUGGAUAGGGAAAAUAUUUAGUGUUAGGUGAGCUUUAUGUAAAACUGAUGAGGUUGGUUUUUUUACAUCACCUGAUCUUUAAGCUUGCCUAUGUAUUAGCUUGCCAAAGAAAACAAAGCCAUCCACUUGAUCCUGAUCACCAUCAGACCACCGUUCCUUUGGAUAUUAUGGUGCUUUAAUUGUAUUUUGACGUGGUUUCUACAGAUGAGGAAGAAGUUGUCCCUUAGAAAUAAAAAAAGUCUGCAAAACAAAUAGAAAAGUUAGCUUCUAAAGAGGUCCAGCAAGUUAACGAGAGGUAACAUGCAUCACUCUCUUUCGUUAUAUUUGAUAUUUCAGUACCAAACCAUGGUGUUCAUUUAGAACAUAAGAUAUUGCUUUGGAGAAUCAUCUGGCUUCUAAAAUUGUCCAGGUAAAUGUUGUUUGUCUGUUUGUUUGUUUUUUCCUCUCUUCCAUCAAGCAUCAAGAAUGUUAGAUCUGUCAUAGGACACUGCUCUUAUGCUGAUACAUUUAACCUGUUGACCUCUAAGAGUGACCAGCAUCUAAUUUCUCCCUACUUCCCUUAAUUCCUUGUAGAACAAUUCAAUAAUUUUUUAUCCUUUUUCAUUUCCAACAGAGAUCUGACAAGUCUGAAGAAAAUAAAGACUCCAAAGUGAGUAGAAAAGAAGAGUUUAAAAAUGGGAGAGAAAAAUGAAAGAAGAGAAAAUGGGAAUGUCAACCAUCACACAACAGAGCAACCAUCAAAGAAAAGAGAGGAAGACUUCUCAGAAUCAAAGUCUGAGGUUAAAAAGCCUUCCCCUGAGAAGAAAAAGGUUUGUAAGCCUUUUGAUUACCAUCCUUUAUUGUUGCAAAAUUAAUCAUUACAAUCAAAGCUUAGACCUGCUACCUUGAUACUAGAGUGGAUUGGACUGGACCUGAUAUGAUUUCAUGUGUAUGGUAAGUAUUAUCAAGCACUUGAAUAAGGUACUUGUACAUGAAGCAGUAACAUUAUUUUUAUGACUUAAUUUGGCUCGGUAUAAGAUCCAAAAGCUUACUCAAACUUGUCAACUGGUGGUACAUGAGCAUGUUGUAUAUACAUUAACCUAACUAACAAUACUUGCAACCAAACAUUACUUACAAUACUAACAAUACUUGCAACAAAACAUUACUUACAAUACUAAUACUACUCAAAAUACUACCAUUACUGUACCUAGAAUUCAUACUAAAAACAGUAACAAUAGUGACAAAAUUUUCAGUUACAUUCCUGGUGACUUCAACUUUGACAUUCCAAGAAGAUGCUGCCACUUUGUCUCUGCUUUUAAAGCAGCAGUGUCUUUUACCAUCAACUUUCCAAUUUGGGACAACUCUUGCCUACACUGGACAACUCUAAGGUGUUAGAAUGUUUGAUAUACAUGUAACUUUUGCUCACUUCAAAUUUUAUCCAUGGACUUUUCAGGAAGUACCAAAGACAACUCCUGCUAGCAAACUGGCCACCAAAGCUGCCACAGUUCCAGAAACUCCAGUUAGAGACUCCAAAAAAGGAUGUUACUCCAAAAAAGGAUGAAAACGAUGUCUGUAAGGAAACUCCAAUCAAAGGAACACCAAAGGUGUCAAAAUCAGAGGAAGUGGUUGAAGUUCCACCCUCAUUGGUAAAGAAAAAAUCAGGCUACCAUAGUUUUAUGGCAAGAGAUGGUCCAAGGGCACUUGGUUCAAAGGAAAUCCCUCAAGUAAGUUUCAAAGUCCAAGAUCUGAUUGUUAAUUCUCCCCUCUAGCUGCUAGAUGUUUUUCUGUAAAUAAAUAAUGAGAAUUUGUUGUUUCAUCAUUAUUGUAAGGUUUUGUAAAGGUUUAUUUUCAGGCUUCCUUUCUACCAAUUCCUUCACAUUCAUGAACCAAUCAUUAAAGCACCUAGUAUGACCAUAUUGCGAAGUGUCAAUCACACAAUUAUAACAACUACAUGUACCUGAUAAGUUUUUGUGUUCACAGCACCUGUUUGCUGGAUAAUGUAUGGAUAUUCUAGGGAAAAGUUACUUGGUAAUUAAUUCUGGUAGUUAAAUUAUUGUCUCUCAAAGCUCUUUGUGGUUUGGUUUCCAUCCUUUCAAAUAAAUUUUUAAUGAGAGAUGCAAGACAAAGGGAAAUGAAGAUUAUUAGAACUAAGGCUGGUUUGGAAAAUUUACAGAUACAGUUUACAGAAAAAAAAUUGCAAAAUGCAUGCUUUGAUUGAGCCUUUUACUCCCAAGAUCUCUAUAGUAAUUCUCCUAAAUGUCUGCUGUACAAUUCUUGUGACAUUGGUUGAGAGAAUUUGGUCUUAGAUCAACUAAUAAUCCCAAGACUGAUAUUUGUAUUUAUUCUCACUUCUUGUCUGUAUGAUAUUGUAUCUAUAUAGUAAGGAGAAAUUCUGUCUUGGUCACUCAUGGGAGUUAAAGGUUUAAAAAAAAUAUAUUUUUUAUCCUUUUACUCUCAGUUGUUUUACAAAUGUUGGAUCAAUAUCAGUAUCUAAGAAACUGCACACCUACUCCUCCCUUAAUCCAACGUUAACUGUCAUCAGUUGACUGUUGUUGGGUUAGGGGAGGGGUAGGUGCAGUUAGGGGAGGGGUAGGUGCAGUUAGGGGAGGGGUAGGUGCACAGAUGAUUAGAUACCAACAUUGAUCUGAUCUCAGUUUGGACAGUAUUAACAGGUCUUCAAUGGAAGAAUUAAUAAUUUGUCUGCACCUCUCUAAUCAUGCUUGCACUUGAAAAUUGAAUUUUUAGAGAGCGGAAAUUUGUGUGGAUGGACUGUCAGUUGUUGUUAAGGGAAUCUUGGAAAGUAUCGAGAGAGAGAGGAGGCUGCUGAUUUGAUUCAAAGAUAAUUAUGGUGAAAAAGUUACCCAAUCAGUGUGCUUGCAAGAAAACAAGUUAUGUCAUGGUGGGACAGGAUCUUGGAGAGAGCAAACUUUCUAAAGGUACAUUGUAAUGCACAGCUCACAACAGGAAAAGGAAUAAAAAAAAAAGCACCAUGAACACCAACAUAUAAGCUGCACCUUUUUCCCUAAAUUUUUUGUUACAAAUCAGGGGUAUGGCUUAGUGUGAAAUCACUAGGGAAACUUGCCACAAAUUUGCAUAAAUUAACACAAUUCAUUGAUGAUAACAAUGAAAUUUCAUCGGAGCCACAGGCUAGUGUGCUACUGAUAACAUAAUUUGUUCAUCUUCAUUUCCCUUCUUCCAUCUACUUAUAUCUAUCUAUGGGUUUGUCCAUUUUUCCUUGCUGUCAUCUGUCUAGCAGUCUGUCUGUGUGUCUAAAGGGGGUAAGUUUUUUAAUAAACUGUGGUGCCUCAUCAGUGGGGAGAUUAACAAGAUAAUGUGGUUUUAUCAACUGAGUUGAUAAUUUAGAUUGGCCUUCCUAAAUAGUUUCUAAAGCUGUUUCAAGCAUCAGCCAUCUGCUCUGAGGAAGGACUUAAGCUUGAAACGUCAGUAUUAGAAACUCUUUUUGGCAAAUUUACAGUAUCACUCAGUUUAUCUGUCUGUCUGUCUGUCUGUCUGUCUUGUGUGAGUACAUUCAUCCAAUUACCUGUCUUUCUAUCUGUCACUCACUCUGCUCUUUCCUUCUUUCCAGUCACCCACACCUCAGUUUUACCACUACCCUAAAUUCCACCUUGGAGUUCAUCUGUUGGUUCAUGUAUCUGUUCCUCCACCUGUAGACUUGUUUGUGUCACUUAAACUGAGUUACAAGACAGUAUAGUUUUUGUUUAAUCCUUUACACCCUAACAUCAGUAUGCAUAUUCUCCAUACUGUUCUCUAUGUAUUUCUUAAUGUGCGGCCAAGGAGAAUUUGUUUAACAAUCAAGAGGUUCAUCAGUUGGUGAUCAUUUCCUAUAUUCUCAUGACCUUAAUGAUUGAUUCAGGGGUGAUAUUGAAAGGAGAAAUUAGAUGCUAGUCACUCUCAGGGAUUAAAGGGUUCAUCUAAAUAAGAUUUUGACAGUAAAGGUCAUUUUGUUUUUGUGCAGAAGAACCAAGUGUGUUAUGGGUAGACAAAUGUCGACCUCGCGCAGUGAAUCAGAUUAUUGGUCAGCAGGGUGAUAAGAGCAACAUGAGAAAGCUGAUGAACUGGCUGAGAGACUGGGGAAAAAAUUGAAAGAACUCAGCCUCUAAAU